GAAGAGAGUCAAGAGUGUGCAAGCAACGCACAUCUGACAUCACGAUCUCGAUCAUGGAAGCUGUCGCAGUCACCAUGCAGUCUGAACAAACGCUUUGCCGCUCCUCAACGUCGAUCAAGGUAGCACAUUAGCGCGGCACUCUCAUGGCGAGGACCGGCUUACUUUGCAUAUAGGAACGAAGGCCAAGUGGAUGUGCUGCUGAGCACCCACUCUGCUGAGCGCUGCGCACACGCCCACACAGGCAUUCAGGGCAAAGAUGACGGAUCAAGAGUCUACUAGUCGUCUCAACAUGCUGCUGCCCACCGCAACUUGGAUGGACAUUCUAGGCUGGUUGGCUCAUCCCAGUCUAGAGAAGGAUGAUCAGAUGAGAGGGUGGGAGCACAUUCACGACACUGUGCGAUUUGUGUCGAAGGAUCUCUAUCUGGUAUCGAUGCACCUCUUGCGAUCUCGCUACCUGGACUCCUACGAACGUCUAGUCAGGCCUCCUUACACUAGCGAUCCAUACCCCGUGACUUCCUUCUCCACAGAUCUCUCCGCUUCUAGCUCUUCCUCGCAAGCUCCUCCAGCCUACAGCGCAUCCAGUCUCCCUUCAACCGCAACAUCGACCGCACACAUUUCUUCCCAAAGCAUGCUUGCAACUCGAUCUCGAAGAGAAGCGCACACUUUGGAUUUGUACGUCGCUGCUGCUCUCAAGAGAGAGUUGGAAGAUGCAGAGAGCGACAUGAUGAUAGCGGACACGUCGAUGCAGGACAUUUUCACCAUUCUGCAGCCUCAAAGCAGAUUGGAAGACUUGGUGAUGGACUACGGCGUUCGAGCCAAAGUUUUGCGACGCGAUGCGUUGCAGACCCUCGACAGCAGGCUUGCUCAUCUACCAACCGACGAGAAACGAUCACGAGCGAGUGCUUCUUCCGAGCUGAGCGAGCACGCGGAUCUGGUCAGACCAUCGAGCAUACAAUGCACCUUUACACCUCGUAAAGCUACGCUGCGAUUACCCCUUGCCUUCGGUUCCCUUCCACCCGACUCAUCCUUCGCAGCGCCUCGCAUAGCGCGCAGAAACGUCAUCGAAGUCGAAAGGAGCGUUCAGGAGUCUUUGGAAGAUACCGCAAAGGCGCUCUUGAGGGGCCUUAGAAGGCUACAUUGCAAGCGUCAUGCCAAAGCUGGUGUGGAGUGGUACGAAAUCAUUGCAUCAUGAGCGUGCAUGUCUUGCCCUCCCUCCAGCACUUACCAUCCUGGCACGCAGCAUUUCGUCCCAUCACUCGGGCAUGCUGGAAUACGCUUGUUGUAUUACGUUUGCUCGCAUCACUCUCUGUAAUCUAUCUUGUGACAAUCUUUCCCACCUCUUACUGCGCUUUCAAGUUCUUCUCGAGCGUAUCGCACUGCUCAAGUACCGCCCUCUUGCUGGUCCCUCCAAUUGCAUCUCUCCUCUCCACACUCUCAUCAAAGCUCCAGACCUUGGCCACGUCUUCUUCAAAAGCGGGAUGCAGAGUCUUGAAAUCUUCCAAGGUCAAAU